UGAGCUGCUGAAGAGGAAGAGUCAUGUCGCUGCAGUUCGCGGAUGAAGAGUUCGAGGAUUCCUGGAGGGAAUUGGACGAUCCGCAGCUGGAAGGAGGCUGGCAGCUCUUCACCGAGACCAUGGGCGUGAAAAUAUACCGCCUCCACGACGAGGUGCGACGGUGAAGCGGUGGGGCGAGCGGCCGGAAGUGGAGUGGCUGACAGACACUGGCGCGAGCCUCGCUGGUGUCCUCACCUGGAUACCAGCUGAUCCUCAACUGUCCCGCUGAGGACGUGGGCUCUUCACAGUCGUGAUGUUCGAUUCCACUGAUUUCCUUUCCGAUCCGAUCCCGGGUCAUAUUCAGGCUGGUAUCGUCGAUACCGACAUACCUAUCUGUAACCGGACUUUACGAGUACAAAGUCUUUGGAUCUCUGGCCAGCUGCGCUCCAGAGCUGUGUGUCGCCGUCUACAUGGACCUGACCUACCGCAAACACUGGGACACUUAUGUCAAAGAGCUCAGCGAGGAAGAGUUUGAUGGGCAGAAAGCGAUCUACUGGCAGGUGAAAUACCCGUUUCCUCUUUCAAACAGAGACUAUGUGUACGUGAGAGAGCGCAGAAUCCUGGAGCGGGACGGCAGGAAGGUCUGGGUGGUUCUGGCCAAGAGCUCGCCCGAGACCCCGUGCGCUGAGAAGAGCAGCGUGCUGCGAGUGAAGGACUACAAGCAGAGUCUGGCCAUGGAGAGCGAUGGAGGCCAAGGAACCAAAAUGUUCAUGAGAUACUUUGACAACCCUGGGGGGAUGAUCCCCACCUGGCUGGUCAACUGGGCGGCCAAGACUGGAGUUCCCGGCUUCCUCAAAGACAUGCAGAAAGCCUGCGACAAUUAUAAGAAAUACUUAGAGAAAAGCCCUGAGUAACUCUGCUUUUGAGGAUCAACUUUGGGCUUUGGGGUGCAUCUGUUGGAGGCGGGCGCUCAUGACGUGAGCCUGGAGUCUGUCGUCAUGGGUCUGUCCUGUGUGGCAUUCGAUUGUUCUCCCUGGGCUUUUUUUUGGGUUUCCUCCAGGUACUCUGGUUUCCUCCCACAGUCCAAAACCAGCGCUGUCCAGGGUGUCCUCUCCUCCCGUCCCCCACGGCUCCUCAAAGUGAAAAGCAGCAGCUGAUGAAAUGCUGAAAUCAUAUCGAAUCACAUGACCCUCUGCUGUAUAUCUGUCAUCGGACAAGCUGUAAUGUUUGAGCCUCUUUUGCCUGCACCUCAUUGUCUUACACUGGAUUCAUUGCGUAACAAGGUCUCUGCAUGCGAACAGAUUUCUGGGCGUGCCAUGGGUUUCUCCACGCAGGAGGGAGUCUAACGCGAACAUGUCCCAGAUGGGUUCAACACUCCUACAUCCAACACGCAUCCUCAACAAGUAACUGUGACUGUGCAACCUGUGUGUGAGCGGUGUGGAGAGACGUCGCUGCAAAGCCAUGUCCAUGUCACUAAAGUCACGUCUCCCCCCAGCGUGUGAUGCUGCUGCUCUGAAACCAAGAGACUCUGACUGUGUCAUGCGGUUGUGAGUCUAUGCCUUUGUGUUGUGGAUUAAAAAGCUGGGAUUCACGUCCGGU